GAGGAGGAGGAAGGGCGAGCUCGGCGCGGGGCCGGCUGGCGCAGAGGCGCGGCAGAGGCGGGAGGAGCGGGGAUACGGCUGCCGGCGCCGCGCUGCUGAAGCCGCCGGCCCGGGGAGGCAGGCGGGGGGCAGGCAGGUCCUUCCCCCCCCCGGGGGCACACGGGGUGCCCGGGCUGUCCGUCCCCUCCUCUCGCCCUUCUCCCGGAGCCGAAGCUCUGCCGCCGCCCCCUCUGCCUCCGUGCGCUCUUGCCACCAUGAGCGGGGCCGUUUUCACCUCGUAAAGAUGGCGGUUCGGGAUCGCUGCAACCUUUAGCCCGAUGACUGUCAGAAACAUCGCCUCCAUCUGUAAUAUGGUUCUUCAAGAGCAGCUCCACGCAGUUGCCAGCUUCCCUCCAUGUGGUGCCCCAGCACGCCCUGUGCUGGCGAUGCCACACGUAGCAUUCGCCUGCCCUGGAGAACGGAGCCUACCGCUAGGGGCACCAAUGCCUCUGCUCUGGAAAAAGACAUUGGCCCAGAGCAGUUUCCCAUCAAUGAACACUACUUUGGUUUGGUCAAUUUCGGGAACACCUGCUACUGUAACUCGGUGCUGCAGGCAUUGUACUUUUGCCGGCCGUUUCGGGAAAAUGUGUUAUCAUACAAGGCCCAACAGAAAAAGAAGGAAAAUCUCUUGACUUGCCUGGCAGACCUUUUCCACAGUAUUGCUACUCAGAAGAAGAAAGUUGGAGUUAUUCCACCAAAGAAGUUCAUAUCGAGGUUACGAAAAGAGAAUGAUCUCUUUGACAACUAUAUGCAGCAGGAUGCACAUGAGUUUUUAAAUUACUUGCUGAAUACCAUCGCCGACAUUUUGCAGGAGGAGAAGAAACAGGAAAAGCAAAAUGGGAAACUGAAAAAUGGCAACAUGAAUGAAGCUGAAGAGAAUAAUAAACAAGAACUCACCUGGGUGCAUGAGAUUUUUCAGGGAACACUGACUAACGAAACUAGAUGUUUGAACUGUGAAACCGUUAGUAGCAAAGAUGAAGAUUUUCUUGACCUUUCUGUUGAUGUGGAGCAGAACACAUCAAUUACACACUGUCUAAGAGACUUCAGCAACACAGAGACAUUAUGUAGUGAACAGAAAUACUACUGUGAAACUUGCUGCAGUAAACAAGAGGCACAGAAAAGGAUGCGAGUAAAAAAGCUGCCAAUGAUUCUUGCCUUACACCUCAAGAGAUUCAAGUAUAUGGAACAAUUGCACAGGUAUACUAAGCUGUCAUAUCGUGUAGUAUUUCCUCUGGAGUUACGUCUCUUCAACACGUCUGGUGAUGCUGUCAACUUAGAUCGGAUGUAUGACUUGGUAGCUGUUGUUGUUCACUGUGGAAGUGGACCAAAUCGCGGGCAUUAUAUUACUAUUGUGAAAAGUCAUGGAUUUUGGCUCUUGUUUGAUGAUGACAUUGUAGAGAAAAUAGAUGCUCAAGCUAUUGAAGAAUUCUAUGGACUGACCUCUGAUAUAUCAAAAAAUUCAGAGUCUGGUUAUAUUUUAUUCUAUCAAUCAAGAGAGUGACUUGGCAAACUGUGACAAUUGCACACCACAAUGCUGCACGCAAAGAAGGUGAUGGCCCCCCUGAGCCAACCUUUACAAUGACCACAUCUUGUAUGGUUGAACAAUAAGUCUGUCUCCUAUUAAACGGUCCAUGCGGUAUUGACUAUAACCGUUCACUUUUGACAUGCAGAACUUUAUUUUGGUGAGGGGGGUUAGUUUGUUGUUUUUAAGUCUGAUUGAAAAUUUAAUUGCAGUCAGAUUUUCGUGGAAUUUAUAUGGACUAACAUUUACAGAUAAAAAGAUCUGGAUGUCAACUGUUAAACCCAAUCCAGCUAGAGUAGUAUUUUAUAUCGAAGUGUUCAUUGCAUUUAGGACAACAUUGUUUAAAGCUUUCUAAAUGACUUUGGGGUGUGUUGAUUUACAAAUCAUUCCUUUAAAUACAUUCUGACAUAUACUUACUCAAUUUAAGUGCAAGAAAAAGAAUCUGCUUCAUAAUGACUGGAAUUGUGGUUGCAUAGGGGAUUUUUUAUUUUAUUUUAUUUUUUUAACAUGUUACUCUCCCCUGCAAAGAUGUUCUUCCAAAAUCACUUAAGCUUUGGGUUUUUAAAAACUUUCAGUUUAUAACUUCAGGCUUAACAUUCACACAGAGGGUUUUAAAUUACAGUGGAACUAAGUAAUGCUGUAUGUCCAGUCAGCGUGCUAACCAUGUGACAGUACAGCUAGGUGAGAUUUCAAAACUUAGAGAGCACUGGAAUAAAGGCAGCAAGAUGACACAUGACACAGACAUAAGUAACAUUUAUAGAGACUGGGCUUAGCUUUCUGUUAAAACAGUAUAAUAAGGUCCUUACUUAAUUUAGUUUGCCGAGAUAGCAACACUGCUCAUGUACAACAUAUCCACAAGGACUGAAAUUGCACAGUCCUGCUAAAUAUGUGUUGUUGGUACAAUACA